AUGACAGUAGCAGUUCUUCCAAAAGGCCCCGGCUCCGCUCUCCCGAAGCCAAAGCGUGCUCGCCGCUUGGCUGCGUUGAUUGAAAUCAGCUCUCCGUGUCAGAGCCGUCAUAUCUGCCACAUAAAACAUGCGCACAUCAAUGGUGGCGGGAGCAGAUCCGUGCUGGGACGACCCGGAGAAGGUUACGUGCUCCUGGGGGGGAAUGGUGGAGAUCUUCAAGGACCUCUCUCCGUGACUCCAGACGAGAUCAAGUGUGUCUGUGUGGGGUUAUCACAGGUGGGAAAGCGGCGGGAGCAAUUAGCACGCUCGGUGGGCUUUUUGAUGCUGGGAAAGUCCUUGGCCCAUGUUUCUCGGUCCUUGGCGCACAGACUUCCCCUCAGCCUAAUGACUCCACCGCAGCAGGAGGACGCGGGGCGUGACGGACACAGCGCUCUACAUUCUGCACUUGACACCGGUUUGCAUGCUCCUAUCCUCCGCUAG